AUGGGCUCCGUCUCGCACCCUAAGUCGGUCCAAGGGAUCAAGAUUGCUAUCGACCGAGGUGGCACAUUCACGGACAUUUGGGCAACUGCACCAGGCCAACCAGACCUGGUCUUCAAGCUCCUGUCUGUCGACCCAGGCAACUACGAUGAUGCACCUGUGGAAGGUAUACGGAGAGUCAUAUGUGCAUACACGGGAGCUGAAAUUCCCAGGCAUAUGCCAUUGCCUAAAGGCUCGAUUGAGAGCAUCCGCAUGGGAACUACGGUUGCUACCAACGCACUGCUGGAGAGAAAGGGAACGAAACAUGCUUUUCUUGUGACCAAAGGUUUCAAGGACCUUCUAUCAAUUGGCUACCAAUCACGACCUCGACUCUUCGAUCUCAACAUUGUGAAGCCAGACGUGCUUUACUCUGAUGUCUGCGAAGUCGAGGAGCGUGUUACCAUUGAAGCCUUUGAUGAAGACGUUGAUGGGCUGUUCAAUGCGACGGAGGAGGUCUCAGGAGUAUUGGAGCGCGGUCUCAAUGGCCAAUUGAUCCGUAUCCUGCAAUCACUCGAUGAAGAGAAGCUUCUCCAGCAGCUUGAGCAGCUUCGAUCCAAGGGUUUUGACACAGUCGCGAUCUGUUUUGCUCAUUCCUACGUUUUUCCCAAACACGAGACGAGGGCCAGGGAGCUGGCCGUGCAAGCAGGAUUCAAGCAUGUCUCACUCUCCUCUGAGGUCGCUGCUAGCAUGAUUAAGAUGGUGCCCCGUGGCAGUUCAGCUUCUGCAGACGCCUACCUGACUCCAGAAAUCAAAAGAUAUCUAGAAGGUUUUAAGAAAGGUUUCGAAGGCGCCCAUCUAGAUGACGUGAAAUGCGAGUUCAUGCAGUCAGAUGGAGGACUCGUGAGGCACGAUCACUUCAAUGGUCUGAAGGGUAUAUUGAGUGGUCCAGCAGGCGGCGUGGUGGGUUAUGCAAGAACAUCGUUCGAUCCAGAGACGAAAACGCCAGUGAUAGGCUUCGAUAUGGGAGGAACGAGUACAGAUGUGUCCCGAUUCGGUGGCACUUUUGAACAUGUCUUUGAGACAACCACUUCUGGUGUAACAAUUCAAAGCCCCCAGCUUGACAUCAACACAGUAGCAGCAGGUGGUGGUUCGAUCCUGACUUGGAGAAAUGGGUUGUUCACUGUUGGACCUGAGAGUGCAUCGUCGCAUCCUGGGCCCGCAUGCUACCGCAAAGCCGGCCCACUAACCGUCACAGACGCCAAUCUCUUCGUGGGCCGUCUUGUACCUGAAUCUUUCCCGUCUAUUUUCGGCCCGAAAGAAAACCAGCCCUUGGACGAAGAUAUUGUCCGGACCAAAUUCGACGAGCUCACAAAAAGCAUUAACUCCGAGACAGGAGGUUUCUUGACGCCCCAACAGGUUGCCUGUGGCUUUCUUGAUGUUGCCAAUGAGGCUAUGUGCCGACCUAUCCGUGCACUCACUGAGGCAAAGGGCCAUUCUUUGGCAUCCCACAACCUCGGCGUCUUUGGGGGUGCAGGCGGUCAACAUGCAUGCGAUUUAGCAUCCAAACUUGGAAUCCAAACCAUCAUCAUCCACCGCUAUUCUAGCAUUCUGUCAGCGUACGGCAUGGCUUUGGCGGAUGUCGUACAAGAAGCACAGAAGCCGCAUAGCCAGACAUUCACUGACGAUUGUCGGGCUGGUUUGAGCGAAAUAUUUGCCGGCCUGCAGGAUCAAGUCGAGACAAAAAUCAUCGCCCAAGGAAUACCUAAGGGUCAGGUUAGGUUCGAAUAUUUCUUGAAUAUGCGGUAUAAGGGUACCGAGACCGCCAUGAUGAUAAUGGAGACCGCAGAGACUGGUUUCAAGGCCGGCUUCCUCAAGCGACACCUGCAGGAAUUCAACUUCGUCUUCCCAGACGAUCGUCCCAUUCUGAUCGAUGAUAUCCGCGUCAGGGGCAUUGGUGAGACCAAGGGGACGACUCCAGAUGCCGAGCAGCUUUCGCGUGAGCUUCGUAGCCUGAAAUUUGGAAGUGUUGCCGGCAAAUCCGUGAAUCUGCGAACAGUGUACUUCCAGGGCCAGGGAGCUCAAGAAUCUCCCGUACACGUUUUGCAAGAUCUCACACCCGGAGAUGUCAUCAAAGGUCCCGCAAUCAUUCUAGAUGAGACGCAGACCUUGGUGAUUGCCCCUGGUGCGGAAGCAAAAAUAUUGACCUCACAUGUAGUUAUCGAUGUUUCAACUGUUGCAAAGGCCGAAGUCUCUGACCAGAAGGUCGACCCAGCCACGUUGAGUACAUUCGGGCAUCGCUUCAUGAGUAUCGCGGAGCAAAUGGGCAGGGCACUGCAAAACACAUCAGUGUCGCUGAAUAUCAAAGAACGACUGGAUUUCUCAUGUGCGAUCUUUGGACCAGAUGCGGGACUUGUGGCCAACGCACCACACGUCCCUGUCCAUCUCGGCUCCAUGAGCUACGCAGUCCGAUAUCAGCACGAGAUCAACAAAGGAAAGCUAAUCCCAGGUGACGUGUUGGUUUCCAAUCAUCCGGAAUCAGGUGGGACUCACUUGCCCGAUAUCACCGUCAUCACUCCCGUGUUCGACCAGGUAGGCAAGGAAGUGGCUUUCUAUGUCGCCUCACGGGGCCAUCACACCGACAUCGGUGGUCUGGGGGGCACUUCCAUGCCACCAAACUCCACAGAGCUGUGGCAGGAAGGCGCAGCGAUUCGAUCGUUCCGACUCAUCCAUAAUGGUUACUUUGAUGAAGCCGGCAUUUCGGAGAUCCUUCUUGAGCCUGGGAAAUAUCCAGGUUGCAGUGGUAGUCGCUCUCUCCCUGCGAAUAUCUCAGAUUUGAAGGCACAAGUCGCUGCCAACAACAAGGGUGCGAAUUUAGUCAAGGCAUUGAUGGAUGAACUGUCACAAGAAGUGGUUCAGCUGUACAUGUCGGCAAUCCAAGACAACGCUGCCAUCGCAGUACGAUCAUUAUUACAAGAGACGCUAAAACAAAGAGGCCCCUACCUAUACGCAGAAGAUUCUAUGGACAACGGGUCCACUGUCAAGCUGAAGGUAGAGAUACAGCCCACCGGUGAUGCAACUUUCGACUUUACCGGAUCAUCUUGCGAACUUUUGGGUAACAUGAAUGCACCACCAGCAAUCACUCAUUCAGCAGUCCUAUAUUGCCUACGUCUCCUAAUUGGAGCAGAAAUUCCAAUGAACCAAGGUUGCUUGGCUCCAGCGACCAUUAUUCUUCCCAAAGGAUCCUUCCUCAAUCCAUCAGCCGGCGCAGCAGUCUGUGCUGGCAAUACACAAACGUCUCAACGUGUCUGUGACGUGAUUAUGAAGGCUUUCGAGGUCGCAGGAGCCAGUCAAGGCUGUAUGAAUUGCUUAGGAUUCUUCGGGAAAGGUGGGAAAGAUAGAGAAGGGAAGCCUUUGACCGGGUUUGCAUAUGCCUUUGGAGAGACAAUUUGUGGAGGCUCGGGAGCAACAGCCACUGCCAAUGGGGCGAGCGCAGUGCAUACUGGAAUGACGAACACCAGAAUAACAGACUGUGAAUUGCUGGAAAAGAGAUACCCAGUCGUUCUCCGGGAGUUUGCGAUCCGUGAAGGGAGCGGUGGGAGAGGAGGACACUCUGGUGGCAAUGGUGCUAUUCGCGACAUAGAGUGCAGAGCCCCACUGACAUUCAGUGUCAUCACGGAGAGAAGAGUGACCAAGCCGUACGGAAUGUGUGGAGGCGAGGAUGGCGACCGUGGGGCCAAUUACUGGGUCAAGAGAACGCAUGACGGAGGGGAAAGAUGGGUUAAUCUUGGCCCCAAGAACAUGGUGGAGAUGGACACAGGAGACCGUUGUAUUAUUCACACACCAGGUGGCGGUGGCUUUGGCUCACUAGGAGCUGUGCUCAGUAAGGCCAACCCGGCCAAAACCCAGUGGCCUCGAGCAGUUGGGAGUGUCUCGGCAUAUGCAACAGCUCAAACCGAGUCCGCAUAG